AUGGAGACCCCAGAACUGAUUGUGCACGGACAAGCUGCACCCUUUUCCACAGCACUCCGGAGCCUUGUGAACAACCCCCGAUACAGUGACGUCUGCUUUGUGGUUGGUCAAGAGCGGCAGGAGGUGUUUGCCCACCGGUGCUUGUUGGCUUGUAGAUGCAACUUCUUCCAGAGACUUCUGGGCACAGAAACGGGCCCCAGGGUGCCUAGUCCUGUGGUGCUAAGCACUGUGCCAGCUGAGGCUUUCCUAGCAGUGCUGGAGUUCCUGUAUACCAACAGCGUCACGCUGCACCGCCACUCUGUGCUGGAAGUGCUGACAGCAGCUGUGGAGUAUGGGCUGGAGGAGCUGCGAGAGCUGUGCCUGGAGUUUGUGAUGAAGGUGCUAGAUGUGGAGUUGGUUUGUGAAGCCCUGCAGGUGGCGGUAACCUUUGGCCUGGGGCCGCUGGAGGAGCGGUGUAUAGCCUUCAUAGAGGUCCACAGCCAGGAGGCGCUGCGGACCCGCGGCUUUCUGGAGCUGUCGGCCCCUGCGUUGCUGCCCCUGCUGCGCAGCGACAAGCUCCGCGUGGACGAGGCUGAGCUGGUCCAAGCCGCCCGAAACUGGGCGCGCGUGGGCGCGGCGGUGCUGGAACGGCCUGUAGCCGAAGUGGCGGCCCCCGUGGUUCGAGAGCUGAGACUGGCCUUGCUGGCCCCGGCGGAGUUGAGCGCCCUGGAAGAGCAGAACCGGCGGGAGCCGCUUAUCCCGGUGGAGCAGAUUGUGGAGGCAUGGAAGUCCCACGCCCUGCGGAGAGGAGAUGCGGUCCAGGGCGCACUGUGUCGUCGCCGGAGGGGCACCUUGCGCCGGGAGCACCACCGCUUUCUGGAUGUGCCCUUCAAGUGACCUAAUUACAAGCCAUGCGAGGAAUUCUGGGCAGGAAACUACAGCUCCCGACGUACUCUGCGUUCGCAGCGGGCUUCCGGUGUCCCAGCAUGCCCCGCGAGCAUGCCGGAAGAGCCAUCUUCCAGGCGUUGGUACGGAGUGUGGCAGCGAGGUCAGGGCUUUUCCGCUGUGCGAGACUCGAAGGCGAGAGUUUUCUUAACUCUACGCCCUCACUUUGCACCCUGCCCCUGGGCACUGUCUUCGUCUGUCAGCUCUG